GGUAAAACUGUUUUCAUGGUUGUGUCCUUUCUCAUUUGCUGUGAUCCUCAUUUACAAAAAUGUCGAACAGAGAUCAAAGAAACUUGUCUUUUGUUCUUGAAUCUUGCCUAUAUAGCUACAACGUAUGACAUAUCCAAUAGCGUUCAGGAUAGAACUGAUUGGUUUUAUCAUCGAGUCCAAUGGAGUGACAUGAAUAAUGAUGGUCGAAUUGAUGCACUGACAGCAAGGUCGUACCUCACUGAUGACGGGGAAGCUGUAGCCGAGAUGCUUUGGUUUGAGCAUCCACGCUUCGGUAACCCACUCAGUCGAGUCUGGACACCGCACGUUCUCUUCUCUGGCACGGACUUCUUCUUCAGGUUUGAGAAGAUGGAGAUACCGGGAGGCAGGGAGCUUGAGGUCAUCAUCAGUGCACAAUACUUUGCUGAGAAGCUCGUCUUGUCUUGGGUAGAAGACCCUUCGUCCAGCUGGUCCGACCCUUCCAAGAUUAAACACCGAGUCAUUGAAGAAAUCGUUGAUGAGCGUUAUUUUGAUAUCGAGGUGAUUAGAGAUAGUAUUUUUUACAAUCGAAACCAUAAUCGUCAUCAAUUCUUUUCAAGUAGCAUUUAUAUAACAUCUUCCGUUGCGAAAAGAUUACUGGAGAAAUUACUUGUUGACCUAAAUGCAGAUGGACAAUUAGAUUUGCUGGUAUCUGUAAAUAGUAUAAUGUGCUUAUUUUUUUCUCGCAGUGACAAAAAUGGCAAGCUUGUAGCAUAUGAAAUCCCACAAGAUUUCCGCACGGGUGCAUGGAAACGUCACGUGAUCGCAGAGGGCUUCAUACCGAGUAAUAUCAUCAUAACGGAAGGGAACGGCUCGCCGGGGAUUCCCCGCGCUUUCUAUCCAGAACCACGUGGCGAUAGAUACAAGCCCAUGAUUCUCCUUACUGGAGACGACGACAGCAAUGUCUACCUGUUUGAGAGCACCUCCGACAACAAUCCUUCUGUGUGGACCUACACCAUGACGUCUAUAUUCUACGCUCAAGGAACCAUAGGAGGACCAGUCGUCAAAGACAUUGAUGGGGAUGGGUAUGCAGAGCUCUUCAUUCCUGCCUACUCUGAGGGAACGCUCAAUGUUUAUACCUUCAAACCAUAGCCUCAGAGUACUACAGUUUUUUAUCCAAACCUGCUAAAUAUGCUUCUUCAAUUCAAGUCCAGAUUCAGUGAUGCAUGCGGUCGAAGAAAGGUUGAAAUUGAACCCAAAGCUAUUAACCCUAUGAACUCCAAUCCAAAGCUCUGCUACCACAAUUUUUGAAUCCGGUUUUAGUUUGAAAUGCAAUCGAGGAAAGGUGGCGAUUAAACCCAAACCUUAACCCUGACUCCAAGCCCAAUGUUAACCCUGCUAUUAGAAUUCUAGUCCAGUUUUACUGUUACAAGCAUUCAAGGAAAGAAUGAACCAAAGUGUAUUAGGGUGUAAUAUUUUCUACCUAAUUGUCAGAAGACAAAAAAUAGGGGUUUGAAUAUAAUAUAAUUAAUAAUAAAGUAUAAGACAAAUACCUAUGAUAUAUUAUCAUGCAUCAUUAAAAAAUAAAACCCCAAGUGACACACUAAUGAACUAACUUUGAUGCCAUAAUUUAAUCCCUAGUUUUGAAACUUGAUCGCCUGUAUAAUGUCAACCUCUUCCUCAAUGAAACAAACAAAUGGCCAAUGUGAAAAUUCAAAUAAAUAAAUUCAGUUGGAAAGAAUUUAAGUAUUUAAAUUAUAUCUAAUAUGACUCACCAGGGACCAAAAAUGAGCAGGAUACCAGUUACAAAUUGUUCAUGUCACAUUGUAUUUUGCUCGUCAACCUUAUUCUCGUUAGCAUAAUUUCAUUUCACUUUUAUAGCUUAUUUUUGUGAAAUUGGGCCCCUGGUAUAACAUUUUUUUGUUUUAGCCUUAAUGGCUUUGUCUUUUGAUGUAGGAGUCCCAAAACAAUUUAGGCUUCUGGGCGAUCCCAAGACUAAUCCACGAACGAAGUUUGGAGUUGAUAUUCUAAAUCUCUCUUAAUUUAUCGCUCGGAUAAUGCUUGCACGCACAAUUACUAGUGCUGGGCGAAUAGUGAAAUUUUGGUAUUCGGUUACCGCUGGCCAACUAUCCGAAAUUAACUGGA